AUGGGCCAAAGCAGGGCUAUUAAUAUCGGGGCGGCUGUAGCGGUUGGGGGAGAAUGUGCUGAGCCGGGAAACCCCGACGCCACCGAGGCUGCAACUCUAUCCUCCCGGCCCGUGGGCCAGCCGCACCGGGGGGGCGGUGUUUCCGCGGCAGCAGGGGGCCUGAACACCUGCUCCAGCACAUGUGAGUGUGAGUGUGAGUGGGGGGCUGGGAGAGCGGAGGGGUCGCCUGCGCGGCUGCCUCUCGUGCUCAUGGCGCUGUGGGUCAUGGCUGUGGGCCUGGAGCUGGCUUACGUGCUCGUACUGGGUCCCGGGCCGCCUCCGCUGGGACCCGUGGCCCGGGCCUUACAGCUGGCGCUGGCUGCCUUCCAGCUACUCAACCUGCUGGGCAACGUGGGGCUCUUCCUGCGCUCGGAUCCCAGCAUCCGAGGCGUGAUGCUGGCUGGCAGCGGUCUGGGCCAGGGCUGGGCUUACUGCUACCAGUGCCAAAGUCAGGUGCCACCACGCAGUGGGCAUUGCUCUGCCUGCCGUGUCUGCAUCCUGCGUCGGGACCACCACUGCCAUCUGCUGGGCCGCUGCGUGGGCUUCCACAACUACCGGCCUUUCCUGUGCCUGCUGCUUCAUGCCACCGGCGUCCUGCUCCACGUCUCUGUGCUGCUGGGACCUGCCCUGUCAGCCCUGCUGCGAGUCCACACGCCCCUCCACACUGCCGCCCUCCUCCUGCUGCCCUGGCUCAUGCUGCUCACAGGCAGAGUGUCUCUGGCUCAGUUCGCCCUGGCCUUUGUGACAGACACGUGUGUGGCGGGUGCGCUGUUGUGCGGGGCUGGACUGCUCUUCCAUGGAAUGCUGCUGCUGCGGGGCCAGACCACGUGGGAGUGGGCUCGAGGUCAGCGCUCCUAUGACCUGGGUCCCUACCACAACCUGCAGGAAGCACUGGGUCCCCGCUGGGCCCUUGUAUGGUUCUGGCCAUUCUUGGCCUCCCCAUUGCCUGGGGAUGGAAUCACCUUCCAGACUGCAGCUGAUGUGAGAUUCAUAGCUUCCUGACUCCAGGAAGAGUCAGAACGGGACUGGGAGGAAGGGAGUGGGAGCAGGGGUUGAUGACUUGUUUCUGGCCUUACCCUAGCCUCUGGAGGGAAGUCAGGUGGAUUUUUGAUGCCUGCAGUAAGCAACCCCAGCCCCUACCUUGGCUUUGCUCCAGCUUGGACUCCUACAUAUCCAGGGUUGGGCUCUGCAACUCUGCCACUUUUGGCAGAGUACAGAAGAGGGUCUGGCAAGGGGUUGCCUGGCCAGCCCAGCUGCGUCUUUGCCAGGUUAAUAACAUGGUUCUUGUCCUCCCUCUGCCUUUGCCAGAAUUCUGGUCCCUCACUUCGUUGCUGUUUCUGGUUCGUUAGGCCAAGUACCACAGAAUGGCUGAGCAUCUCACGGGCCAGGCUGGGGCUCUGUGGGAGUUGGCAGGCUGGGGAUGGGGGGACCCCUAGCCCAGCCAAGGCUGAAGUGUAGUGACCAAAGCUAUGAGAAUCCAAACAAUCUUUCCCAGGUUCAGCACUUUCAAGUUAGAAGCAUUUCUGCAGCUUCAGUUUCAUGGAGCCUUGCUUAGCUAACUUGGUACCUUGGCAUCAAUUACGUACCUUAUUUCAUGGGUGAAAAACUGAAUUUCUGAGAGUUGAUGUGAUAAGAUUAAAGGGUUAGUAAACAGAAGUUUUCACCUAGGUUUCCGUGUUUUUGCUCUCACCCCUGCACAACUGAAGGGACUGAGCAAGAAAAGACUCAAGGCAAAGAAAUCCACUGGGGAUGUUCAAGCAUCUGAGAGGGAUAAGUCUCAGGAACUCACUGUUAAACAUUUCAGUGUAAAUCAUGUACAGAGAGACUGCCCAUUCAAUGUGGCAGAAUUUCUCUCUGGUUCCUCUUAAAAUCUCACUAAACGUUUAAUAUUCAAGGAAAAAAAAAAUAGGAAGAGACACAGCAGUAGACCAAAGGGCCUGACAACAUUUUUGAAGAAGGAAAAUGGAUGGAGGCUUGUUACUCUCUUAGCAGAGAAUUAGAAGUUGAAGUUUCUAGUUUCCAAAGAGAGUGGCCAAGAGGCAGGCUCAGCCUCCUCUGAACCC